AGGACACAAAUGCAUCAGUGCAUCUGAGAUUACAACACAGACCACUACAUACAACAUGUUCAAGCUGGUGGUGUUGUCUUGCAUCGUGGCCGCGGCCUCAGCCGGCGUGCUGGCACCCUUCGCGCCCCUGGCCUACACCGCGCCCAUCGCCUACAGCGCGCCCAUCCUGGCGCCCUACGGCAACUACAGGGGGCCGCUGUCCCUCGCUCCCGGCCAGCCCGCCAACAUCCUCGCCGCCGACGGCAGGCCGCUGGACACCCUGGACGUGAACUUGGACCGCUCUGCUCACCUCACCGCCAAGGCGCUUGAGGGUGGCGUCCACCUGCUCAAGAAACGCUCGGCUCCCCUGAUCGCGCCCAUCAGCCGCGUGGCUGUGGCUGCUCCCCUGAUCCACAGCGCGCCGCUCGCCUACUCCGCGCCUCUCAUCGGCUCGCGCCUGGCUGUGUCACCCCUCGCCUACUCUGGCGCACAUAUCGCUUACGCUGGCUGGUAAAAAAAUUACAUCGUGGAUUUGCUGAAAUAAACGAAUUGCCGAAUACAAUCUAAAAAACUUUACGUCUUCGGCCUGUUUUUCUGACGGAAGACAGAACAGUGUCAAAUUUUUUACUUUACCAAGUCAGCAAUGUAAUAAGAAAAUUUAAAAUUUAUGUAUGCUAUAACUAUACUCACUUUCCAAUCACA